AGCGGAGACAAGGUUUUGUAGUGAGCGGGACGCAGCCGCUGUGUCUAAGCGUCGGAGAGUGACGGGGCCGCAGAGACAUGGCGGCGACCUCUGCGUUGUCGGUCCUGCUGGUGGCGGCGGAGAGGAACCGAUGGCAGCGAGUUCCGAGUUUGGUGCUACCGCCGAGGGGAUGGACUUGGAAGCGAAGAGCCAUGAAGUAUGCAACUACAACAGGACGAAACAUUACCAAGGUCCUCAUUGCAAACAGAGGAGAAAUUGCCUGCAGGGUGAUACGAACAGCCAAAAAAAUGGGUGUACAGUCUGUGGCUGUUUAUAGUGAGGCCGACAGGAAUUCCAUGCAUGUUGACAUGGCAGAUGAAGCACAUUCCAUCGGCCCCGCUCCCUCACAGCAGAGCUACCUUUCUAUGGAGAAAAUCAUUCAAGUGGCCAAGAUCUCCGCUGCACAGGCUAUCCAUCCGGGAUAUGGUUUUCUCUCAGAAAACAUGGAAUUUGCCGAACUGUGUAAGCAAGAAGGAAUUAUUUUUAUAGGUCCUCCUUCAUCAGCAAUUAGAGACAUGGGUAUAAAGAGCACAGCCAAAUCCAUCAUGGCUGCUGCUGGAGUGCCUGUUGUGGAAGGUUAUCACGGUGAGGACCAAUCAGACCAAUGCCUGAAAGAGCAUGCUAGGAGAAUCGGUUACCCCGUCAUGAUUAAAGCCAUCCGUGGUGGAGGAGGAAAAGGUAUGAGGAUCAUUAGAUCCGAAAAAGAAUUUCAAGAGCAGUUAGAAUCAGCGCGGAGAGAAGCUAAGAAGUCUUUCAAUGAUGAUGCGAUGCUAAUUGAGAAGUUUGUGGACACACCAAGGCAUGUGGAAGUCCAGGUGUUUGGUGACCACCAUGGCAAUGCUGUGUACUUGUUUGAAAGAGACUGUAGUGUACAGAGGAGACAUCAGAAGAUCAUUGAGGAGGCCCCAGGGCCUGGUAUUAAACCUGAAGUAAGAAAAAAGCUCGGAGAAGCUGCAGUCAGAGCUGCUAAAGCUGUAAAUUAUGUUGGCGCAGGAACCGUGGAGUUUAUUAUGGACUCAAAGCACAAUUUCUACUUCAUGGAGAUGAAUACAAGGCUGCAAGUGGAACAUCCUGUUACUGAGAUGAUCACAGGAACUGACUUGGUGGAAUGGCAGCUUAGGAUUGCAGCAGGAGAGAAGAUUCCUUUGAGCCAGGAAGAGAUAACUCUGCGGGGCCAUGCCUUUGAAGCUAGAAUAUAUGCAGAAGAUCCUAACAAUAACUUCAUGCCAGGGGCUGGACCAUUAGUGCAUCUCUCUACCCCUCGAGCAGACCUUGCCACUAGGAUUGAAACUGGGGUACGGCAAGGAGAUGAAGUUUCAGUGCAUUAUGACCCCAUGAUUGCAAAGCUGGUUGUGUGGGCUGCAGAUCGCCAGGCAGCCUUGACGAAACUGAGGUACAGCCUUCGACAGUACAGUAUUGUUGGGCUGCACACCAACAUUGACUUCCUCCUCAAACUGUCUGGCCACCCAGAGUUUGAAGCUGGGAACGUGCACACAGAUUUCAUCCCUCAGCACCGCAAAGAAUUGUUGCCCCAUCGGAAGACCACAGCCAAAGAAUUUUUAUGCCAGGCAGCUCUGGGGCUCAUCCUCAAGGAGAAAGCUAUGACUGAUGUUUUCAAAAUCCAGACACAAGAUCAGUACUCUCCUUUUGUAUCCAGCAGCGGAAGAAGACUGAAUAUCUGUUAUACCAGAAGCAUGACUCUUAGGGAUGGUAAAAACAAUGUAGCCAUAGCUGUAACAUAUAACCGUGAUGGGUCACAUAGCAUGCAGAUUGAAGAUAAAACUUUCCAUGUCCUUGGUGAUCUUUGCAGUGAGGGAGACUGCACUUACCUGAAAUCUUCUGUUAAUGGAGUUGCUAGUAAAACUAAGCUGAUUAUCCUGGAAAACACUAUUUACCUAUUUUCCAUGGAUGGAAGUAUUCAGAUUGGCAUUCCAGUCCCCAGAUACUUGUCUUCAGUGAGCUCAGAAGGAACCCAAGGAGGUGCCAUAGCUCCUAUGACUGGAACUGUUGAAAAGGUGUUUGUGAAAGCUGGAGAUGAAGUAAAAGCUGGAGAUUCUUUGAUGGUUAUGAUCGCCAUGAAGAUGGAGCAUACCAUAAAGGCUCCAAAGGAUGGCACUAUCAAGAAAGUGUUCUACAAAGAAGGUUCUCAGGCCAACAGACACUCUCCUUUAGUCGAGUUUGAGGAGGAAGAAUCUGACAAAAGGGAAGCAGAAUAAACUCCAUUAAAUAAGCGGCCAAUUAAGCAGCCUCUUAAGUGUAGUAUCUCUACACCAAAAUGGGAAAGUGCCUCCCUGCUUUUCUCGGGGUCUGAUGACCAGCACUUUUACUAAAUGAUUGUAUGAUUGGGCUUAAAACCGUUUCGUGGGCUUCCCUGGGGGCGCAGUGGUUGAGAGUCCGCCUGCCGAUGCGGGGGACACGGGUUCGUGCCCCGGUCCGGGAAGAUCCCACAUGCCGCGGUGGCGGGGCUGGGCCCGUGAGCCAUGGUCGCUGGGCCUGCGCGUCCGGAGCCUGUGCUCCGCAACGGGAGAGGCCACAGCAGUGAGAGGCGCGCGUACCGCAAAUUUAAAAAAAAAAAAAAAAAAAAAAAACCGUUUCAUAUUUAAGAAUCAUGUACUUGGGUCACAAAUACAAUAAAUUAUCUCAAAAUAUUUCAUACUAAUAAAAUUAAAUUAUACUUUUUUAUUGGGAGACAAUAUAGUUUGUUUCUGCCUCAAAUAUUAUACAAUGUAGUGUUAUUAGGAAGGUGAGCAGCAACUUGAUCAAAGGAGAACAACUGAAAGAGAAAAGGUCAUUUAACUAAAUGAAUUAUUUCCUAGUCACAGUCAGGACGAAAAUGGACAGUAACAUAUUUCAGAGACAGAUGCCAUAGCACUAAACCUAAGAGUUUUUUGCCAAAGAGUAACUUCUUAGGUAGUUUAAACUCAUGGAUGCUAUUUGUUUCUUGUUUUUGUGAUUGGAAAGUUUCUAUCUAGACUGCCUCUGCCUUUAUUGUACUUUCUAAGCUUAUAUAAAUAUAUAUAUAUAUAUAUACACACUUAUGCUUUUGUGUAUAUGUAUUUUAUACACCUACAUAUUAUAUAUUUAAACUGUAUGCUAGAACAUAUUUUUUCUAGAAACGCACUUUCAGCCCCCUGCAUUUUCAGGUAUCCACUGAAGUGUUAAAUAUU